AUGGAUCCUCAAGCUUUUAAAGCUGAGACUAACUUAUCAAUCUCAAGAAUUGGUGCCUUAUAUAAGGAUUUCACUGCUUAUAGAGAGUUAAAUCCUGAAGGAUAUGAAGCAAAUAUUCAAUCAUGGUUGAAAAUCUUUGAAAUUAUGUUGGAAAAUGAUCAUUUCGAUAAAUUGAGUUUACCUAGCAAACUAACCAUAACCAAUGAUUUGGCUUUGAAAACUAUUGGUAAACCUUUAAGCAUAAAUUUAGUGAUUCAAGAGUUAAUGAAAAGCAAAGAUUUGAUUCCUGUAUCAGUUUUUUUGGACUUUGAAACGGAGAUUUAUCAAUAUUUGAACCCAUCUACCAGUAUAUUUCAGUAUUUAUCACCAUUCCAUUGGGCUAAAAGAGUUAAUGAGGUGGCCACUGGUGUUUUGAGUAUAUUUUCAUCCGAUAGUGAACGUUAUAUUGUAAUGAAACAUCUUCAGUCGUAUAGUAAAACAGUGUUAGCUGAGAUCGAGAAAGAGAAUGAUGGAUUAUACAGUUCCAAGCUAUAUAAUUAUAAGUUGUUCAAACAACUACUCACCAGGUUGACACCCAAAAUCACCGAUCUUGAUAUUAAAAUACUCAUUAAACAUAUAUCAAGAGAUUUAAAGAAGUGUUCUGUAAUGUAUACCGAAGAUGAUAUGAUUUGUAAAUUUGAUGCAAGUGAGGUUAAUGACGAAGAUAUAGGAAUAGCUCAAUUAAAAUGGAAUAUUCAGGAAAUAACCAAGCAAUUGGAAUCUAUCCAGGAAAGAAUUGAAUCCACCAAAUCCAAAAUCAAAGCUUUCCCUGUUGAGAAGAUCAAGGAGAAAUCUGUUAAAGUCAGAAUAAUGAGUCUUUUAAACACCAAGAAAGUACAAGAAGCAUCUUAUGAAAACAUAAGUAAAACUCAUGACAAUUUAUAUGAAAUAUUAACGAAAAUGAAUGAAGCUACGUCAAAUAUCAAAGUAUUCAAUGCUUUGAAGCAGUCAUCUAUAGUACUUGGAGAAUUGAACCAACAAAUUGAUAUUGAUGAAUUGGCCGAGGUUAAGGAAGAGCUUGAGGAUAGUAUGCAACAGACAAAUGAAGUUAGUGAGAUGUUGGGAGGGGUUGAUGAAGAUAUGGAGGAAGAGUAUGAGAGUUUGGUCAAACAAAUGGAGGAGGAAUCUUUGGUGAAGGAAGACCCACAGAAAGAGCACCUGAAAGAGCACCUGAAAGAGCACUUGAAAGAGCACCUGAAAGGCUCACACAAAGACUCACAGAAAGACUCACAACAACCUUCAGACGACUUAGAAUUAAUAAAUCGUUUGAAUAAUCUUAAAGUCGAUAAUACCCCAAUUAAAGAGCUUUCACCCAACAAACCUUUACCAGAGCCAAGUACAUAA